UGAAUGAUAUUUAAUGAUUCAUUGCUUGUUAUCUGCUCUGCCGCUGGCCUACUGUUGUACCGGAUCCAUCUGCUUUGCUGCCGCUGGCCUGCUGCCGGACCGGAUCCAUCUGCUUUGCUGCCGUUGGCCUACUGCCGGAUCGGAUCCAUCUGCUUUUCUGCCGCUCGACUGCUAAAGCGAUUUGCUGCUGCUACAAAGCCAUCUGCUGCCAUCUGCUGCCAUUGCUAUUGCUACCGUUCCCCGUGGAGAAUGGGGAUCCCCGUGGGGAUCGCCAUUCCCCGCGGGGAACGGGGACGGGGGGCAAAAUCUGCCCCCCGUAAAAAAUCCCCGCGGGGCCCCGUUGACAUCCCUAUCUGUUCUGCUAAUUGACACUGCAAAAGUUGUUUAGCUUGUUACAUUGCUAUUUUAAGAUGAACCAGAUCUAAAGCGGGCUGGUUCGUCUUUAUUGUUUUCAAAGAUUUUUAGUAAUUAUAAAUUUUUAUAAUAGCA